GGACGUUGCCUCCCCAGUCGCCGCCGGUCACCGGAAGCCUUCGGGGCGAGCGACGCGCGGGUCACCCGUGGCUUCGAGACACCGGCACGCCUCGGGUUGGAGCUCCUGACUGUGCGCGCCUGGCGCUGUGGCCUCGGCUGCCCGGGAGAAGCCGGAGCCGCGGAUCGACGCGAAGAGCCGGGAGUCGGCAGCCCCGCCGCGCCCGGAAUGCGGGGCCACUCCAACCAAACUCCGAGCGUCCGGGGCGCGUGAGCCGAGGAGUGAGCGGACCCCAGACUGCCACAAAAGACAUUUGGCCCGAGGGCUCCGACCGCGAGGUCACCCGGUUUGGCUGCCCGGGACGCGGUUGAACUGGCUUGGAGAAUGCGCCCCAGGACGCCGGGGCACCGCAGUCGUGCGGGCUCCGCUGGCGAGCGCUGAUGGGGGUGCGCCAGAGUCAGGCUGAGGGAUGCGGAGUGGUGGCCCGUCCGCCGCCCAGAUCUUCGCUGCGCCCUUCCCCGGACCCGGCGACUCCCAGGAUGGCUGCCCCGAGUCAUGGGUCGCGGCCGAGCUAGCGCGGAGCGUCCGACCCUCGCCCGGCGAGUCCCGGAGCCCGCCCCGCGCCCUACCAGAGCUGAUCUCUGAGGACGACGACAGCGGCAGCCUUGCCUCUGCCUUCCCUUCCCUUCCCGUCCCUGCCCCGCACUCCUCCCCCUGCUUGAGGCUGUGUGUCAGCACUUGGCUGGAGACUUCUUGAACUUGCCGGGAGAGCGACUUGGGCUCCCCACUUCGCGCCGGUGUCCUCGCCGGGCGGAUUCAGUCUUGCUGCCUCCAAUCCCGUCACCUCUCUGCUCCUCGGCCGACCUGGUCCACCCCAAGACACCGUUCCCCACGGGGAGAAGGACGAAGCGGCUGACACCGAGAGAAGGAGGACAAGGCGAAGAAAGAGAAGAAAGACAACAGAAACCCCGUCGCUGCUCCAGGUCCCUCGGACAGAGCUUUUUCCAUGUGGAGACUCUCUCAAUGGACGUGCCCUCGAGUGCUUCUUAGACGGACUGCGGUCUCCUAAAGGUCGACCAUGGUGGCCGGGACCCGCUGUCUUCUAGUGUUGCUGCUUCCCCAGGUCCUCCUGGGCGGCGCGGCCGGCCUCAUUCCGGAGCUGGGCCGCAAGAAGUUCGCCGCGGCAUCCGGCCGCCCCUUGUCCCGGCCUUCGGACGACGUUCUCAGUGAGUUUGAGUUGAGGCUGCUCAGCAUGUUCGGCCUAAAGCAGAGACCCACCCCCAGCAAGGACGCCGUGGUGCCCCCCUACAUGCUGGACUUGUACCGCCGGCAUUCGGGCCAGCCAGGAGCGCCCGCCCCGGACCACCGGCUGGAGAAGGCAACCAGCCGCGCCAACACCGUGCGCAGCUUCCACCACGAAGAAGCCGUAGAAGAACUCCCAGAAAUGAGUGGGAAAACAGCCCGCCGCUUCUUCUUCAACCUAAGUUCUGUCCCCACGGAAGAGUUCAUCACGUCUGCAGAACUCCAGAUUUUUCGGGAACAGAUGCAGGAAACUUUGGGAAACGAUAGUUUCCAGCACCGAAUUAAUAUUUAUGAAAUUAUAAAGCCUGCAGCAACCAGCUUGAAAUUCCCUGUGACCAGACUACUGGACACCAGACUAGUGAAUCAGAACACAAGCCAGUGGGAGAGUUUUGAUGUCACCCCGGCCGUGAUGCGGUGGACUGCACAGGGACAUGCCAACUAUGGGUUUGUGGUGGAAGUGGCCCAUCUGGAGGAGAAACCAGGUGUCUCUAAGAGACAUGUGAGGAUUAGCAGGUCUUUGCACCAAGAUGAACAUAGCUGGUCACAGAUAAGGCCAUUGCUAGUGACUUUUGGCCACGAUGGAAAAGGACAUCCACUCCACAGAAGGGAGAAGCGUCAAGCCAAGCACAAACAGAGGAAGCGCCUCAAGUCCAGCUGCAAGAGACACCCUUUGUACGUGGACUUCAGCGAUGUGGGGUGGAACGACUGGAUUGUGGCCCCUCCGGGUUAUCAUGCCUUUUACUGCCACGGGGAAUGUCCCUUUCCCCUGGCGGAUCACCUGAACUCCACUAACCAUGCCAUAGUACAGACGCUCGUGAACUCUGUGAAUUCCAAGAUCCCGAAGGCAUGUUGUGUGCCUACGGAGCUCAGCGCAAUCUCCAUGUUGUACCUAGACGAGAAUGAAAAGGUUGUGCUAAAAAACUAUCAGGACAUGGUUGUGGAGGGUUGUGGGUGUCGUUAGCACAGCACAAAUAAAUAAAUAAAUAUAUAUAUUUUAGAAAAAGAAAAAAACCCUACUCUCCCCCCCCCAAAACCAGCUGACACUUUAAUAUUUCCCAAUGAAGACUUUAUUUAUGGAAUGGAAUGGAAAAAAAAACACAGCUAUUUUGAAAAUAUAUUUAUAUCUACGAAAAAGAAGUUGGGAAAGCAAAUAUUUUAAUCAGAGAAUUAUUCCUUAAAGAUUUAAAAUGUAUUUAGUUGUACAUUUUAUAUGGGUUCAACUCCAGCACAUGAAGUAUAAUGGUCAGAGUUAUUUUGUAUUUAUUUACUAUUAUAACCACUUUUUAGGAAAAAGAUAGUUAAUUUGUAUUUAUAUGUAAUCAAAAGAAAUAUCGGGUUUGUAUAUAAUUUUCCAAAAAUUGUAGUUGUUUUUCAGUUGUGUGUAUUUAAGAUGCGAAGUCUACAUGGAAGGUUACUGGGCAAAGUGCUUGCACAUUUGCUUUUUGUUUUUUGCAGCACUACUGUUAAGUUCACAAGUUCAAGUCCAAAAAAAAAAAUGGAUAAUCCACUCUGCUGACUUUCAAGAUUAUUAUAUUAUUCAAUUCUCAGGAAUGUUGCCGAGUGGUUGUCCAAUCCGUGAGAACUUUCAUUCUUAUUAGGGGGGAUAUUUGGAUAAGAACCAGACAUUACUGAUCUGCUUGCAAAGCUCUCCUUGCAGAAAGAAUAAAGCAGAACCAGUGGAAAUCAAUAGGAAAACUGUGACCAUGUCAGGAAAUGAUAAUGGCGUCUUGUUCUUUCCUAAACCUAUGAUCCCUUCCAGGGGGCUGAUCUGGCCAAAGUACUAAAUAAAAUAUAAUAUUUCUUCUUUAUUAA